AUGUGCACCAACUUCACCCUCAAGCACGUCACCUGCAGUCACCACUUCUGGGUAAAGCGACUUUGUCACCGCGGCUCAGAGUGCACGUAUCAGACUGAGGUGGAGAGCUCGAAAGGAGGAGAGUGUUGGGACUGCGACCCUGGGCAGGCGCCACCUGCUGCUAUAUUCUCUGAUGGCAAGAAGAUUGAGGUGAUAUGGGGCAGGGUGAAGAAGAAA